GUGAUGCUGUGACAGUAGAGAAGGAAGUGGGCACACAAUGGCACUAUGUCUGCCUCUUGUCCUGGUAACAUGAGAGGCCCCCGGGUAAAGACCCCUCUACUGCUGCUCCUGCUGCUGCUUACCACUUUGACUGGGACAGUGUUAUGCCAAGAUGAAGCUGAGUAUGAAGAUCCAAACCCAGAUGCUGGGGACAAAGAGGAACUCCCACCUGAAUCUGAAGCCCCUCCGAUAUCAACCCCCUCUCCCACAGCCAGCAGUGACGGCCAAGUUGAAGACGACGCAGAAGGCUCUACAGGGGAUCUCAGCCUUACCGACCCAGGUAUAUCAGAUGUAAUACUGCCUAACACAACAGGACAUGAUUUGUUUCUGGAUUACGCGACGGGUACAGUGGAUCCCAGCAUCACCAGUACGGUACCUGUGGAUGAAUGUUUGAGUCCCAUCAUCAUCCUGGUCCCUGUGGUGCUGGUGGUGGUUAUCAUUGGCAUCAUAGUUUGCUGUAUUUUCCUCAAGCGAAGGUGGAAACAAAAAGCGGAGAGUCAAGAUCUAAGAAAAGAAGAUCCAUAUUUGGAUGGGCCCGACACAGAGAAGGUGCCAAUGCCCAUGUUUGAAGAGGAUGUGCCCUCUGUAAUGGAGUUAGAGAUGGAAGAGUUGGACCAAUGGAUGAAAAAAGACGGUGAAGCUGCAGAGGACUCCAAACAGGCUUAGGCCUCAGUCUAUUUAUGGUUAACAAAGGACGCUCUCCCGGUAUGCAAGGACAGGCAGUCAACAAUGCAUCGCUGCCAACACUGAAGUUUUGACAUUUCUACAAUAAUCUCACAACAUCCAAACAAUGUCAUUGACCACACAGUCCGAAAACACCGUCACACCUCUUAAAUGAUGCGUACAGAUGUCUUACAAAUAGUUUUCUAAAGGCUACACCUCUUUGCUAUCUUCAGUGGACUUAAACAUGUUAAAUAGUUUUUCUGCUGUUUUGUUACGAUGAGCAUGUGCUCUGCUUUAUGACAAUGAUCAGUGUUGUUCCUUUCAUUUUUCAUGCUUUGCCUGUUUUUAUUGUGUACUGAAAUGCCAAUGUGCAGUAUUUUCUGUCUCCAUGAACCAGCCAGACUGAAAGGUAUUUAGUUUAACCUAAAAAAACGCCCAAAAAACCCACACACACUCCUCUAGCUACCAAUCACUCCCUUGUUCUGCAGAUUCAUGCAGUUGUAGAGUGUGUGGUCAACACAAAGCGCAUUAGGUCAAUACCCUUCUCCACCCCUCACAGAUAUGACUGCUCAUAGUUUCUGCUGAUGGCUUCUCUUCAGCUCAAAGCUUCUUUGUUGUAUCACACUAUGUGACUCUCUCCAGCUGCAGGUUUUAAUACGGAAAUAUCCUGUUGAGGAUUGUAGGCAUGCAUGACAGAGAAGACUGCUCCUUUUCAUUCCUGUGCAGAGCUGGUUAAGACUUAUGGGGAAAGUGUUUUUAUUCCGACGCUGUUUGAAAUCCCAGAGCGUGAAAUCAGCAGCAUUAUGUUCCUGAGUCUUUUGAUAAAUUAUUGCCCUGUUGCUGAAACAGCUUUCUAAAAGCUGCUACUGAUAAGAUUUUCAUCUCACUGUAGAUAAUAACCCACUGACUGAAUAGUUAAUUUCUACAGAUAUAGUUUAGAUGUUUUAUUCCUGAUUAUAGCUUAAAAGUGUUGAAUCUAAGCAGUCGUGACACUGAUAUAAAUGAGAGGACUACUUUCUGAAUUUUCAGUCAGUAUUUUGCAGUAUGUUGCACUGUAAAUAUGAGAAUACAGUAUACCAAUAGAUGUUAUUUUCAAGAAAUGCCUUUUGUAAAUAUUUCAUAUAAGGCUGUAGUGCUGUUGUUUAGCCAAUGUUUUUAAUAAAAGUUCAAUAAAUAAAAUA